ACGGUUUCCCCGAAUCCCCGCGGUGGCUCUGGUGAUAAAAAAGCAAUUGAUUACUUAUUUAUUCAAUUAUUUUAGUUCAUCCGUGCGCAGAAAAUAGGUUGAUUAGCAAUCAGCCGCAUCUUUUCUCAGUUUUUCAUCUAAUUUAAUCAUGACCGGCCGACUACCAGCUUGUGUAAUUGACGUUGGGACCGGGUACACUAAAUUAGGUUUUGCUUGUAACAAAGAGCCCCAGUUUAUAAUCCCGUCUGCCAUCGCAAUUAAAGAAACAGCCAAAGUUGGUGAACAGUCCAUCAGACGAUUAACCAAAGGAGUGGAGGAUUUAGACUUCUACAUCGGUGAUGAAGCCACGAAUGCAAAAGGAUAUGCAGUUAAGUAUCCAGUGCGGCAUGGUCUUGUUGAGGAUUGGGAUCUAAUGGAAAAGUUCUUGGAGCAAUGUAUUUUUAAAUAUCUUCGUGCCGACCCGGAAGAUCACUAUUUUCUUCUCACAGAACCGCCCCUGAAUACGCCUGAAAAUCGAGAAUACCUUGCAGAAAUUAUGUUCGAGUCAUUCAAUGUUCCUGGGCUGUACAUAGCAGUGCAAGCUGUAUUAGCUCUUGCUGCAUCAUGGAAUAGGAAAACAGAAAAUGCUGCUAUCUUGAAUGGUCUUGUCGUAGACAGUGGUGAUGGAGUAACUCACGUUAUACCCGUGGCGGAAGGUCAUGUUAUUGGCAGUUGUAUCAAACACAUACCGAUAGCUGGUCGCAACAUAACAUAUUUCAUUCAAUCUCUGUUGAGAGAGAGGGAGGUUGGAAUCCCUCCUGAGCAGAGUUUAGAAACAGCCAAGGCGAUCAAAGAAAGGUACUCAUACGUUUGUCCAGAUAUAGCUCGAGAGUUCGCAAAAUACGAUUCUGACCCUGCCAAGUGGACGAAAAAAUUUGAAGGUGUAAAUUCUGUCACAAAAGUUCCAUUCAGUGUUGAUGUAGGGUAUGAACGCUUUCUAGGACCUGAAAUCUUCUUCCAUCCUGAGUUUUCAAAUCCUGAUUUCAACACACCAAUAUCUGAAAUUGUCGAUAACGUCAUUCAAAACUGCCCGAUCGAUGUUCGCCGUUCUUUGUAUCAAAAUAUUGUCCUGUCUGGUGGAUCAACAAUGUUCCGAGAUUUUGAUAGAAGGCUCCAGAGGGACAUUCAACGAGUUGUCGAUGCCCGAUUGAAACAAAGUGAAACCCUAAGUGGGGGAUAUAUCAAACCAAAACCUGUGGAUGUUCAAGUGGUUUCACACAAGAUGCAACGAUAUGCAGUAUUCUUUGGUGGGAGCCUGUAUGCCUCAACGCCCGAAUUUUUCCAAAUGUGCCACACGAAGAAAGCUUACGAAGAGUUUGGACCAAGCAUAUGUAGGCAUAAUCCAGUGUUUGGAACCAUGAACUAAGUCAAUCUUUAAGUCUGUUGUUAAGUAUUCGCUGAAUUUCUAAGUGCAUUAUCUGAUCAACUUCUAAGUCUUGAAUCUUCAGCAAUUUUAUGUAGGUAUAUUUGCAAUUGGUCAAAACUAGAAUUUGAAUAAAAUUGUAUGAUUUAUUACUUAAUCAAGACUAGUCACUCAAGUCAAAGUUGCCUGUCGCCACAAUUUUUUCAAUUUUGACAUAACCAGCGCUUGAAUGAUUCAGAAGUCGCUUUGCGCAAUCCAAACCAGUAGAAAGUAUUUGCUCUUGCAAUUUGAUUUUUAUGUCUAUUGUGUUGGAUUGUUUCAUUUUUGAAAAUUUCUCAACAUGCGUUAUGUUAGUUGCAAAGCUUGCAAAAAUAUUUACUAGAUGUUGCUCAAAAAGCAAUUUGCAAUCUGAUCCUGGUGUUGCGUUAAAGUGAAUACCACCGCUUGUCUUUUUGUAUGAGCGGCAUAGGAAUUAAGCUUUUAGUUUCGCGUAUCACCUCAGCUUCAGUAUACUUUUCAAUUUGAGUAAUUAUCAAUUUCUAUGGAAUCAUGCAAUAACUUGUGUCAAAUUAAAAACUUGCUCUUCAAAUGACCGGCCAACUGCGCAUUUGCAUAGUUUUCAUUUUUACUGAAGAAUCUCCAAUCUUGUCAGAUGUAUCACGAUGUGAAACAGGUAAUUUCCUAAGUAUUGCAGUGAUAUUGAUACUGGGCACUAUUGUUAGAUCCGGUGGAGAACUGUUGAACCUCAUGCGGCGCUUUUUGAUCGGUUCCUGUGAUUUCCUCCCACAAUCAGACAAAGUCUAUCGUUAUCAUUGUUUUUAUCAAAUUUUUUGUUGCAUUUAUAGAUUGUCAAAGGACAUCGGUUUUCCCUAGAGAUUUUUAUAAAUUUAUUGGAAUCCUUUCCUAUGGCUGUUGAAAGUUGUAAAUACUAGGAAAUUAUAAAAUAUUGUUUUUAUGUGGCCUAAGUUUGGUUUUUUGCAAUAUUUAUUGAACCAACAAUUUAUGUUGUUCACUUCUCUCAAGAAAAUCAAUUUCUGAAUUUUUUUUUCUUUCUUUUUUUUCACAAUAAGUUUUAAUUAAAAAAUCUUAGGUAUCAAUACUACUUUUUAAUUUAUAACUGUUUUAUUUUUCUACUCAAUGUUCUCUGUUUAAUAUGUAUAAUCUGUUUUCCUCCCCCUAGUGUUUCCCUUCCCAUUUUUUUAAAAUCGAGCAUAUCUGCUCAAACAGGGUAACAAUCCAACAGAGAAGCUUUAUUGCGAGAACUAAUUAUUUGUUUUCAUAUUCAAAGAUCAAGUUUACAAUUGCUAAACUCAGAAACCACGUAUCUUGAUUUGUGACAUUGCUGACUUAUCAUUGUAUGGUAAGUCUUAAUCGAAAGACUAAUAAGUGCGAACAUUUUCAUGAAAUAUUUUCUCCGUUUGGGGAUUUUCCAUGAAAAUUUUAAGUAACUAAGCUGUCUCAUCCUCUUCUGAAAAAAUAAAAUAAUAGAAAUUUAGAAACACUGUGAUCAAGGUAUGUGGAUGCCGAGUUUAGUAUAUGUGUUUUUCCAGUUUAGUCACUAUUCCUGUUCCGCUACUUAUAACGCUUUUGAUUUCAAGUAGUUUCAGUGUAAAGCAACUUGCGUAAAAUUGCUUUUCAAGUUCACUUUCUCAAAUGUAAACUGCUUACUUGUCACUCCACAAGAAGAGGGAUUUCAGUCCACAGAAUCUCAAAAUCGAGUCAUUGAUACCAGUACAUGGAUGACUUUUCCGCGAACAUUUUUGGAUGAAAAGCAUCCUAAAAUGCCAAACGAAACUGAGGAAAGUUUGAAUACAUUUAUUCUGAGAUGAAAGGGCCUCCAGACAAGGUGUGUAUUUAAGUACAACCCUACGUGUUUUUUUCUCUUCGAAAUUCCACCAGGAAAACGAAUCACAUUACGGAAAGUUUGUAAAUCAACUCCUGAGCAAGAUACGAGCGUUCUCUAUUAACAUUGGUCAAAUGGCAAAAGCACAAAUGACAUCAUUUGGAUAAUCAAACUUCCAUUUGAUCUGUUUUUAAAAGACGUGUUGAUAUCUCGUUAAAGAGCUGAUUUCAAAACUUCCCGUUGAGUGAAUUCUUCUCUAUGUAAGAUUUUGAAAAGUAAACGUGUGAUGUUUUCUUCUGCUUCAGACCUUGUCUAGUGGCCGAUUCUGAUCUGCCAUGUUUAGAAUAGGAAAGUUCCGGAAUUGAAUGCCUUUUUAAACCCUCAAUUGGCACAAUAAGGUAGUUCAACGCUCGUAGCCUUUUUUCAAGGAUCUCAGGCAGAGCUUUCGGUCAAAUUUUCAAAAUUUGAUUUUUUGAUCCUCCGCAACGAAAAUCUCCCUAUUGAAAAUUUUGUGUAUGCGGGUGGACUGAGGUGCUUUUUCUUGUGAGCGCUCAUAUUUCAAUUAUUUCUAAGGAAAGGGAGAAAAUUACUUAUCCUAGUGUCUUCCAAUUACAGCUAUUCUGUAUCAUUUAAUAAUUGUACCAUUGCUUUUGUAUAGACAUUAUUCAGCUGCGUUUGCGGAACGAUUUUCGUUCAGGAGAGCUGCAGGAAUUUUGAGUAGAAUUCUUUUUAUCUCCUGAAUGAAAUUUCAUCUUCAGAAACAAACAUUGAGUUUUGAUCAAUCUCAAGCGCUUUGAGCACCCUCCUAGCGCUUUUAUUUGUGUAGUACCGUCGAUAGUUCCCAAAACCUCCAACUAUCGUCAACUUGUACAAAAAUUGAGGCAAUGUAUCUUGUAAAAUAUUUAUGAAAUGUAUCAUGAUUUGUAAAAAAAUUUUUCUCUCUCAGCUUUAUCUAUUUUAAGUUAUGUUAAAAAAACUGAAAAUGCUUCGUUAUUCAUCAGAUAUUUAGUCUAACAACAUUAAUUCUGUUUUUAUUCAACACUUUCUCACCAAAAUAAGAACACCAAAUAUAAAACAGGAAAUUUAGAGUAAAUGAGUGAAAAUACUUACAUUUCAUUAACAUAAUCCUAAAGCUUCUUGGGUUUCUUAUCAUCAGUUAUCACUAACUGUGUAGAUCUAAACUUUUUUGACUCUUGCAAAGAUGCUGAAAACAGAGUUGCCACAGUCAGGGAAUACUGAGAAAAUUAGAAAAUGUCAGGGAAUUUUAAAAAGGUAGGGAAAACUUGGAAAUGACAGGGAAAUCAGCGCAAGUGUCAAGGAAUUAUUGUUGAGUCAUAUUUGCUUUCUAGAAUUGGUUUGAAGUUUCAAAAAGCAAAUUUUUCUGGAAAACUAUUUCAGAUAUGUCUUUGUAACCUAUCUUUAACUGUUCUUGAAUUCUCUCAAAAUGUGCUGGCAAAUCAAAGAUGUGCCGAGGAAUUUUAUUUUUUAAAUUCUGUGAUUUCCCUGCAAAAACCUUCAGGGUUGCCUAAAGAAAAUUUAAGUCGCUCCUAAACUCUACAAUUCUUUUAUCCAGUUACUAUACUUCCAUUCCUCACCAAAAAUAAGUGUCGAAAGCAGAGACAUUUUUUAGUAGCUUACAUUUAAAAUUUUACUGUACAAAAUAUUUUCACUGUAUUUCUAACUUAUUCGUGAUUUUGUAUAUUGUAUUAUUAGAUGCCAAAACAAAAGUAAGAUUCUCACUUCAAACCAUUCAUAACCGUAAUAGUUCUGAUUAACUAACAGUAUAUUUAAUCUCAGGUUUACUCGUUAUCUUCAUGAGUGGGUAUGAGCACACUGUGCGGUGGGUUGAUUAUUGAAAUCGAUAGACAAAGGUAUAAUCAAAGCUAUAGACAUAAGGAAAGUGCAGAGAUCGCAUUGGUUGAAACAGGUGGUUGUUUUAGACUAAGGGGAAAAUGAUAGACUAACCAUAGAAUCUCUCAUGAGUUGCUGUUAGUUAGUCUAUUGCUUUUCUACUUUGUCCAUGUCAACCACUUGCUUCAACCAAUAGGAUCGCUUAAUUUUCUGUUUACGUAGGUACUUCGUCUGUCACUUGGCCUAUCAAUUUCAAUUAUCAGUCUACGCUUGGAAUACAGUUAUGGUUCAUUUGGCCUGCUAAGGCUUUCAAUGUGUUUUAUACCAAUUGUGUACCACCGCUAGCAAGCAUUUUCAGCUUGCUACUUUUCUGUACAGUCAUUCGAUUUUGACAGUAUGAUUUGUAAAAUUUCAUUUUAAAUUUUGAUAGGAAUGUCUGAUGUGUCGAUUUGACCUGCUCAAAUAGAUAGGUUCUAAACUAAUGUAGAUAAUAUAUUUUCUUUAUCACUAACCAUUCUCUAUUCACACAUAAUGUUUUCUACAAUGUAGAAUUUUGUACUUUUUUAACUGUAUAGAAAUUUUAAAAUAGAAGUAAAUUACUUUACAUAAUA